CCAGUGUUCAUUGUCUCUUUCUCUCACUCUAUAUUUUGAUUUAUUUUUGAGGAGUGUUGAAGCAUUUGCAUGUGUUUUGCAUUUAUAAAUUGUUGGGAGAGUGUUGAUGCAUACAUUAUUGCUUGUGGAUGUUUUGCUUUGUUGAAAAGUUAUUAGAAGAAAAAAUUCUUGACAUUAAGAUAGUCUAAGGUUAGGUAAUCUUUGUUGGGAGAAAUUUUAAAUUGUUCUACAACACCUAUUCACCCCCCUCUAGGUGUAGUUCAUUAUUGAGAUUCACAUUUUCAAUUAGUAUUAGAGCAGGUUUUUAAAGGAAAAAUCAUUUUUGGUCCUUGAAUCUCAAUCAUGGAACCUCAUCAAGAGGGAGCUUCCAUUGGGAGACCACCAUUUUUAAUCGGUGAAAAUUAUUCUCAUUGGAAAGUGAGAAUGCAAUAUUUUCUCAAAAUGCAAAGUGAAAAAGUUUGGAACACCGUUGAAUUUGGUUGGUCUCCACCUAAGGUGUUGGAUAGAGAAGGUAGACCAACUAAUGUUAUCAAGCCUAAAUUGGAAUGGGAUAGAAGUGAAAAUGAAGCAAGUGAGAAUAAUGCUAGAGCCAUGUACUCCAUCUUCAAUGCCAUUAGUACAGAUGAAUUCCGUAGGAUUGCUACAUGUACUUCUACUAAGGAGGCUUGGGAUAUUCUCCAAGUGACUCAUGAAGGAACUAAUGCCGUGAAAGUGUCCAAGCUUCAAAUGUUGACAUCUAGGUUUGAGACCAUUAGGAUGGAUGAUCAUGAAACUUUUGGAGAAUUUAAUGCAAAACUGAUGGACAUUGUGAAUUCUAGCUUCAAUCUAGGUGAACCCAUCUCUAACUCUAAGGUGGUUAGAAAAAUUUUAAGAUCUCUUCCUGAGAGAUUUAGAGCUAAGGUCACCGCCGUUGAAGAGUCUAAGGAUGUGGAUUCCUUGAAGAUAGAUGAACUUGUAGGCUCCCUCCAAACCUUUGAGAUGACUCUUGUAUCACCUAGGAAAGCUAAGGGAAUUGCUUUAAAAGUUAUUAAAGAAGAGUCCCUAAGUUUCGAAAGUGAGGAUGAUGAGAAAAUGUCGGAGGGUGAGCUUACUAAGUUUGCUAAAAAAAUUAAGAAGUACAUGAAAUUCAGAAAAGCCAAGAAAGAAUCAAAUGAUGGUAAAAAAUGGAGGAACUCAAUUGGAAAAGAGAAAAAGAUGGAGAAAGAUGUGAAAAAGGAGUUGAAAAUUGAGUGCUUUAAAUGUGGGGGAAAGGGUCACUAUGCAUUUGAAUGUCCCUCAAAGAAAAAAGACAAGAAGGCCAUGCAAGUUACUUGGAGUGACUCCGAGUCUAAUCAAUCAAGUGAAAAAGAAUCCAAUGGAAGUGAGGAAUGCACUAACUUCAUAGCCUUUGUUGCAAGUGUCAAUGAGGAACCUCUUUUAAAAGAAGCUUCAAGUGAGUCAAGUGAGUUAAGUGACUCCAAUGAUGAUGACAUGAGUUUUGACACAGCAUAUGAGACUUUGUAUAAGGAGUGUUUGAGCCUUAAACAAGAACAAGUCAAGUGGAAGGCUUCUAAGAAGAUUUUAACCAAUGAGGUUGAUGUUUUAAAGGGAGAAAACAAAGCCUUGCUUGAUAAAAUUGCAUUUCUUGAAAAUGAACAUUUGGAAGUGAAGGAAAAAUGUGAUGUGUUGAAAAGUGAAAUUCAAAUGUUCAAGGAUGCGUUAAGUCUUAGGAAGGAAGAGUUACAUCCUAGCUCUAAAAGACUUAAUGAGUUGAUUAAUUCAGGGCGUAAAUCUUUUGAUAAAAGAGGCUUAGGAUUUCUUGGUGAAAAUGCUACUGUAGACCCUCAAUUUUGUCCCUUUAGCACAUGUCUUUAAAAUUCGUUUUCAAUGCUCCACAAUAGUUCCUUGGUGGCCCAUGGCUACUCAUACCACUUACCUUUUUCUGAGUCACCUCGGAGAUUUUGGUUGAGGGAUUAUUUGAUCCCUUAUUGUGACCCUUGGCAGCCCUAACUUAGACUUAGGCUUUUCUUGUUUUUUUUAGGAUAGCUUUUAGAUACACUUGGCCCAUUAGGCACCACCCUAGGCCCACUUAGUCUCAUCAUAGGCCAUUUAGGCACACUUGGCCCAUUUGGACAUUUUUAGCAUAACUUAUAUGACUUGCGUGUUUGCAUGGCUCGUAGGGCCCAUUUUUUUUUGUUAAUUUGUUUAUUUUUAUUUAUUUUUAUCUUAUUUUCCUCUUUAUAUUAUUUUCCUUGACUUAUUUAUUUAUUUAUUAUUUUUACCAUUUUCUAAUUUAUUUACUUGCUUAUCUGUUCAUUCAAUUAUUUAACUUAAAAAAUUUCAUGUUUUUUUUGCAAGGAAACUUACCAUUGGAGUUUAAGGAAGGUGGGACUCUCCUUGGAAGGUUUUGGAGGGGAGUUUGAAAUUGGGAAGAUGACUUUUGAAUUGGAAGAUUUAAAAAAGGAUAAGGAGAAAAGAAGAGAAAAAAUAGAGGAUUUCGCCUUUUUAGGGGGAACAGAUUUGGGUCUUUGAGGGGGCUAAUAUAUAUAUACGUGAAAGCAUGUCUUCGAACGAGGGGGGCCUUUUUUUGAUUAAGGAAGGAGAAAAAGGAGUUUUUUUUAUUGUGGGAGGAGAUUCUUUUUUUGGUGAGAGGACGCAUUGGAGAGGACACAUUAGAUGAUUGGGAGGAUUUCAGAGGAUUUUUGAGGAGAAAACACAAAGGAAGCGGAACUAGAGCAAUUGCAAUCAAGGUUGUCGAGAUUGCAAUGGUCAGUGCAUGUGUCAAGAUGGGAGACUCUAUUUUUGCUCUGAAGCUGUUUGAAUAAAUACCCCACAAGCUGCAGCGGAUAACUUGGAUACACUAAAGUCCUCUGCCCGCGAAUUUUUAUCGGUUUUGUCAAGGAGUUUCUUGAAGUCUGCACAGAAUGGUGAUAAUUUGUGCAUUACAGAAUUUUGUGAUGUGCAGUAGAAUAAUUAAUUGAGUUGUUGCUAGAGCAUGUAGGCCAAUUAUCGAAAAAGCUCCUGUUUUUAUCCAACUGUUGAGGAGUUUCAAGAUAUGCUAAAUUGUAUGGCAAGCAUUCGCCCAGAAGCAGAGCCAUAGGGUAUAUGUAGGAUUGUGCCGCCACCUUCUUGGGUUCCACUCUGCCCUGCGUUUGAAAAUAUUUGAAGUUUCCUACGAGAAUGCAGCAAAUGGACUCACUUCAAAACAGGGAACCCACGAGAAAGGAAAACAGAGACUAGAGGGGAAAGCAAAGAAGGUACUCAAAGAUGCGUACAACAAGGGAGAUGGCAAUUCGAUAUUAAUGGACAUCUAAAACGAUUUCUGUAAAGUAUGUGGCAUUGAUGAAGAUGAUGACAGUAUUCUGAUUGUGUGAUAUGUGCAAUGCAGAGUAUCAUACUUAUUGCUUGAGUACUUAUUGCUUGAAUCCUCCAAUUGUAAGGAUUCCUGAAGGAAAAUGGUACUGUCCUUUCGGUGUUGCUGGUAUAAGUAUGAUUGAUGUUUUGGAAUAUACUCAUGUCAUUGCGCAGCACCAAGGUAAAAAAAAAUCUGGCUGCAAGAGCUCCAAAAGUUGACUCGGGUAUGAUUUAUGUGGCUGAAGAAGAAGAUGAUGAUGAGGAUUAUGUGGAAGCUGGUGGAACUGCAGCUGUUAACCAGGAAAUAAAACGAACAAUAACUGAAGUUCCAGUAAAGGUUACCGAUGAGUUGUUUGAUGAAAUUAUGACAAAAGUUCUUAUUAGAUAUGAUAUGACAGUCGAGGUUGACGACAGGAUUAUCACCUCAAAUCAUAAGGUAUCACAGAUUUCCCCAUUAGUUCUAACUCCUAAGGUUUCUGCUAAGGUUCUAAUUCCAGUUGAAGACAAAGAAACUGAGACCGAAGCUGUUAGUAGGAAAUCCAGUUCUGGCUCUCCUGGGGAUGUAUUUAGUCUUGGAAGCUAUGCUUCUGAUCAUGAUGAUGAAGAUGAUGAACUCCAAAACCCUCACGUUCCAAAACCCAUUUGCUCAACUAUACAGUGCAAUGGCACAACUGAGUCCAUUGACUCAAUGCACCGAAUCGUACGUCGACUCACCUCACCCUUCGAUUCAGCAGGCUGCAAGUAUGGACGCUGUUGCUUACCUUUUGAAGAACGAUAUAUAAACUUUAGAAGCACUUGUCAGAGAGAUGGGGAUGUAUUUGCCCACUACAGAUAAUUUAAUCCGUGCAAGAGAUGGACUGGCAGAUUGGAGAGCUUUGUGAGGUACACUCAUUGGUUGCCUGGCAUUAAUGAGCUGCUUGGAAGACUGUACAAUCGCCACUUAUCCUUGAAUCUGGAGAGCAGAAAUGCCAUCAUAAUCUGUAGGUAGAAAAGAUGAAAUCAGAGAUGCUCAACCUAUAAUUCCAGCUUCAGAGUAUGAGCACCAAUUCAAACCGUGGUAAAACUUCUCCCAGGAACGAAAAUCUAGAAGAGGCAGAAUCUGGACAAGUGGAUGGAAAUUCUGAGAGGGGUGAUCUGGGAAGAGCGAUGAGGAGAAAGCUGACAUGGAUUUAGGGGCACUUGGUGGUGGACGCAUGGUAGAAGAUUCAUCAAGUGUUGCAGUGUUGGAUACUGCAGCAGGCGUUUGGUGUGAUACGAAGUCUGUAGUCAUUAGUCCCAGGACAGGCAAAUGUAGUGCUGAUGCAGCUGGUGGGGACGCUGCAGUUGAAUUGACCAGGCGUUGCAGACAUGCGGCUGCUGCUGUUGGUGACUUGAUCUUUAUUGAUGGUGGUUUACGUGGUGGUGUGUUGCUCGAUGACCUGCCUGUUGCUGAAGAUCUGGCUACUGCUGAAACAACAAGUGCAGCUUCACAUGCUGCAGCGGCAGCAGCUGCAUCGAAUUUACAGGCAGGGAGGUUACCUGGAAGGUAUGGAUCCAUCGAUGAAAGAACAAGGCAAACAAUUCCUGAGGCAGCUCCUGAUGGUUCAGUUGUCCUGGGAACUCCUAUAGCUCCUCCUGUAAAUGGUGAUAUGUAUACUGAUAUAAGCACUGAAAAUGCAAUGCUCCAGGGAUCCCAGAGACUGAGUAAAGUCAAACUGAUACAACAGAUAAAUCAGUCUCUGUAUGGAAUAUUUCGGAUGACUCCUUUGUAGUCUCUGAUGGGAAAGUGAUAACCGAUGAGAACUCUGAAUUGGUUAAGAACCUUCAGUUUGGAUUGACUUUCUUUCCAGAACUUAUUGACAAGCAGCUCAAAUUUGGCAUCCAUAUCUUCUACUAAAGAACAGCUAUUGUCUCUUUACGGGUGUUUCUCCGUGUCUGUUGCUUCAGAAAGUAACAUUCUACAACUUGUUUUUAAACUUGUGGUUCGAGGAUAACUAAAGCUUCCUCCACUUCCUUUCAUUCUCACUCCAUGGAACUUUGAUGAUCCAGCAAUAUGCUGCACCCACGUAAUAGCAGCACAUUGCUCCAAUACUUAACGCAUAGGGGAUCUGCACUUGUUCUGGUUGCUCAACUUGGUUAUCAGUUUUUAUGGUGAUACUGAGAAGAACCUAAUUGAAACAAUGGGGGAUCUCAGAAGAGGGGACUAGCAGCACUCAUGAGGAAGAGGGGAAGAAAGGAAACGAUUCAGAUGUGUAUUUCCUAGAUGAUCCCUUCAGUGUAGUAGAUGCACAUACAGCUGCAAUUCUUUUCUAUGCAUGCGUCAUAGCUGCCCUUGCUCAUAAAAUCGUCAGUCUAGUGACUCAUCAAGUGGAGUUUCUCUCUGAAGUCGAUAAAAUUCUGGUUGCGGAAGCUGGACAGAUAACUCAAUCAGGAAGCUAUGAGAAGCUCUUGACAUCCGGGACGACAUUUGAGCAGCUUGUAAAUGCAUAUAAGAAUGCAGUAACAAUAUUGGAAUUUCCAAAUGAUGUACAAGUAGAACCUAAAAAAAUUGGAUCAGAAUCUGCUAGAGAAGUCUCAUGGAUCUCUCUCCACUAAAGAAAACGGUGAAGGGUAGAUUUCUAUGAAGGGACUGCCUGGGGUUCAGCUCGCCGAAGAAGAAGAAACAGAGAUUGGUGAUGUUAGGUAGAAGCCACAAUCUUGAAUCAUUAUUGCAUAGGGAAUAGAAUCUUGUUGCUGAUAUAUUUUCAAUUUUAACUGUUACAACAACACCUGAAGUUAUUAUAUCUUGUGUCCUUAAGUUUAUUGAGAAUCUGUUGAACAUUGAUAACGAAUUGGAUGAUGAAGACAUCACUAUCGAAAAGGAAAGAAAGUUCAGAAUU